GUCGUAUCCGUCGUGUCCGUCGUGUUUGCGAUGUUGAGUUGAGUGUCAGUGUUGAGAUCAGUUGCAGUUGAGGAUGCGACGAGAUUGUCGAUCUGGUCCACACGCGACGAUACGAUAUUCCGUCGUGUGACGCCAAUCGAAAUCAGACGGGAUCCCUCAUCGUCGCUAACGUCGAGGAGGGAAUUUGGGAGGAAGGAUCUUGCGGGACGGAGACACGUCAGAGCUAAGAUGAGAUAACAGAUGCAGAAUGAGACGCAGCAGCAGCGGUAACCUAUUCAGUUACGCGGUCCUCACCUUCACCCUCACUCGCCUCAAGGUACAUGCAGAAGGUGGAGUUGCUUGUAAAGAUCAACAUGGACACUCUUACGAAAGUGGCUAUCAUUAUAUUCCUGGACCUGAACCAUGUACCUUCUGUGUUUGUGAUAAUGGCAAUCCAAAGUGGUGUAAAGCAUUCAUUUGUAAAUUUCUCGAGGAGAAUUGCAAGUCUUUCCGGCGAGGUAACACUUGCUGCGAGUUUAUUUGCCUGGACGACACAUUGUCGUCAAUAUCUAAUGAGAAAGCUGACGAAGCGGAGACUAACGCGAUAGAUGGAAACGCAAAUUAUGAUAUAGGUCUACGAUCGGUUGCCAGUUUUGUAACAGCAAUAUUUUCACUAAGUCUGUUAUUUUUUCUGAUACAUCGUCUACGCCAACGUAAGAUACAAGUUUGUGUGGCAGGUCGAGAAAACAGACAACUUGGAGAGGACCAAAGAAAUUUAGGUAACAUGGGAUACUUGGAGAGAGGCGGAUUACCUCACGGAGUUCCCAUGGACGACAUACCUUGCGGAACAGGUUACUCAUUAUGGAAACCACCUGGCAGUAAUUACUUUCCGCGUGGUGAAGCACCUCCGCCCUAUGAGGAAGCGAUCGCGGCUGCGAGAGCGGAACAAGCAUUGUUAUCAAUUAAUCCGCAUGCGUUGCUGUCAAUGAACUUCUCGGACAAUUACAUGCCAAAUUCUAACAAUCAUGCAAGCGUGGCGGUUGUCACGGACACGCAAAAUGAUUUGACCGCAAAUACACAGGCGUCAUCUAAUGAUAGUAACAUACAUACGCCCUUGAUGUCUUCGUCAAAUAGACUGUUGUCUAGUCCCAGCGCAUAUGCUGGUGGUUAUCGACCAAUAAGCCAAAGCAGCGCAUCGUCCACCAUUGGUCUGAAUACGAGCACUUCCACCGCGAGUUUCACAAUAGGGACAAACACGUACGAGAAUCUACCGGUCUCGUCGAUUGCUAUAACGAGUUUUAACGAUAGUCAACAUUCCGCAGUGACAAGCACUAGUACGCAGCCGCUAUUAUCGGUAUCGCAUUCCACUAUACCUAAGAACUAUCGCCAGCACACAACGAUGUUUCCGCGGCAGAGCGGCGGCGAUGGCGACAGCGGUGGUGCGUUUACAAUAUCGGCGACUCUGUCGAAUUCCGACGUAUCCUCCCAUCGUACAAUUCCGCGAACGUUGACGUGCGUCGCUAGCAGAGCAAAGGAUGUUUUGACUGAUUGCUCAACGAGGGACUAUCUUCGUUUGUCGCCGAGCAGCAUUGCGGCGCCUCAAAGCCUGUCACGUCCUAUACAACUGUCCGCAGUCGCAGUCGCGGCUCCGGGCAAUUACAAAAGUACCAAAAACUCGGACCCGUUUUACACGGAUGCUCCUGUGGCGUCCAGUUUAGCGCAAUCGGAAACGUACACCGCAGAUGCGGCAAAUGUAUCUGAGCGGACUCGGGAAUACACGCCUUCGUUAAGCAUAGCUAACGAAAUCAAUGCAAGUGGCAGCUUCGAGUCGGUGACGUGUACCUGCAGUAUACAAGCGUUACCCACUCUGCACGACGAUACGGACGAUUAUCGAAGCGAAUGCGAGAACUGUAAGAGCGCGACGGGUUCUCGUUACUACUUAGAUAACGAAGAUGAACUCGUUACAUCACUUCACGAAACCAUGACGUUGCACAGAAGACCGGACGAAGCAACAUCAAGUGUUACACCACAGUAUUAUAGAACUUCACUUACACUGCCGACGAGUACACGCCAACGUACAAGGAUUACCGGAGCUCGUGAAAAUUGGUUCAAUACUAUGCCAGAAAGUUCUAGCGGGUCUUCGGACGAAAAUUAAGUAUCUUGAAAAAAAAAAAUAGAGGAAAAUGUUCAAGUGCGUAAACAAAAUUAUACAUGCACACACGAACAUACACAAAUACGUAUAAUAUGUAUAUAACUAUUAAAAAAAAUUGUACCUAUACAGAAUGUCCUAGAAUUAUUAAGUUUCUCCUUUUAAAUAAGACUGUCGGUUGGUUAAUUGUUUAAUUAUUUUUGCGCUAAUGUCUUAGUUCAAGAUCAAAAUAACCAGACUUGUUAUAUUUAACGCGAUGUAGUUCUGUUUAAAAAAUUGUUUUAUUUGUUUUACCGAUUUUAUAAUGAGUCAGCUGAGUUUGUAGUCUUAGAAGUUGGCCAACUUCAUCGAUUUCAAUUAAUCACGACUCACUGAUUAUUCUUUGAGGCUGUAUCAAACUACCGAUUCUGCCGUCCCGACUCUGUCGAUUCCAGUUGAUCGAUCACUCUUGUCGAUGCCGACGAUUGCCAUCGAUUGGCUCAACUGUAUAGAAGAGUAAAAUUAAUAAUACGCGAGAGUAUCGCAAAUCUCGGACGAAUUAUAUUGAAAUAUAGUACCUAGGCUGAAAAUCGAGAUGUGAUACUGGCUAAAUUUCACGUUUUAAGGUAAUUCGCCUGACAAAUUCGUAGAACUGAAGUCUUUCUCGAAUUUCACUUAUUAAUAAUAUUUUCGCGAUAUAUAUCGCGACGCCAAUUUCUUUUUUGAUGCCAUCUUCCCCAAUUGUUUUUUCUAUGGAUAUUUACAAACUACCUUUUCUUAUACAAUCGCCAAACUAUCACGUGAUUAAAUCUUGUAUUUCUAUUGGUUAUGAUUUUGAGUUGCUAACAAUGCUGACUCGAAAAAUAGAUUCGAAUUUAAACGUGAGUUGGCCGAUCCAGUCAGCCGGUGCCUCACUAUGAUUGGUUUGCUGAGGAUCAGCUUGCAGAGUCGAUAGUCUGAUAUGGGCUUUAGACUCACCGAUUACAAACUAUCGACUCAUUAGAAUUAGCAUUUGACAUGAUGGCUUAAGUCUUUUAAAAUUCUCAGCUUCUUUACUCUUCUCAUACAAUAUUUAAAAGAACCUAUAAGUUUUUGGGACAUCCUCUAUAGUGUACGUCGUAAUGAUUAUCAUCGUACAUACAUAAUUAUCAUCAUAAUCAUCACUAUUAUUGUUGUCAUUAUCAUUAGAUAGCGGAAGCGCGUGAGGAUUUACUGCAGUGAGCAGCGCAAAUCCUUGCCCAAGAUACAUUAAGGGGAUUCUAAAGUGAAGCCCGAUUCCGACAAGAUUGCUAUUUUACUGAUAAAAUACAACACAUCGACAUAUCUUUAUAUAUUACUACAUCAAUAUCUCACGCACACAUACAUAAAUUUUCGUAGAACGAUAGUAUUUUAAUUAGACAUCUAAGUCUAAUUUUAAGAACUCCGCGUUGUUUGUUCAUGUAAACUUCUAGUCUGUGGACCACAAUUCCGUAAGUACAAAUUGCAAAGCUUUUAUCAUCAAGCAAAUGUUACGAUAUUGACAGCUUUGGCGCCAUAUUGGACUAAGCAAUGGUAAAGAUUUCAAUUUAAACAAUUUUUUUCUUAACAUAGACUCCACCUUGCAGAUACAUAUUAAUGCAUAUAUUUUAAUCUUGGAAAAUGAUUUCUAAAUCUGUAAAAGAAGGAAAAAUAAUUAUACAAAAUUAAUGUGUGUCGGUAAUACUGACGACUUUAGAAUCCCCUUGAGACGGAUCAGUGAGAAAUUUCGUAGUGAAACAUCACAAUCCGUUGCA